GCGGGCCAUUGGGACCAUCCCAUCCAUAAAGCCGCCCUCCACAACAACCUUGAGGCUGCCAAAUGGCUCGUUACUUUGAACCCCUCACUGUUGGAGGCGUCUGGUUUUAAUGGGAUCUUGCCUAUACACUGUGCUGCGCGUCGAGGCCAUACAGACCUUCUCCGUUUCUUCCUCAGCCAAGGUGCCACGCCCAAGGGCCGAGACAGUGGCGGCUGGACG